ACGGAUGAACGUAGAUCUGCCCAUUAUCUCUCUUUCUAUCUCUCUCAGUUUUCCAUUGAAGCGCACUCCACGAUCUCCAUUGAAGCGACUUCUGAUCUUUCUAUCCUCCAUUAAAGCAGCUUCCGAGUUUUGUCCUGGAUCAAUCAUGAGUGACGAGGGUGAGAAGACCUGUCCUCUUUGUGCUGAGGAGAUGGAUUUGACUGACCAGCAAUUGAAGCCGUGCAGAUGUGGCUAUGAGAUUUGUGUGUGGUGUUGGCAUCACAUAAUGGAUAUGGCUGAGAAGGAUGAGUCAGAGGGACGGUGCCCUGCCUGUCGUACUGCAUAUGAUAAAGACCGAAUUGUAGGGAUGGCUGCAAACUGUGAAAGGUUGGUGCAAGAAGUUAAUAUGGAAAAGAAACACAAGUCACAGAAAGCAAAGGUUAAAACAUCUGAUAGCAGGAAGCAAUUGAGCAGCGUUCGUGUUAUUCAAAGAAAUCUUGUCUACAUAGUGGGCUUACCUCUUGAGCUUGCAGAUGAAGAUCUUCUUCAACAUAAAGACUAUUUUGCCCAGUAUGGCAAGGUUUUGAAGGUGUCCAUAUCCCGGACUUCAGCUGGCACCAUUCAGCAGUUUGCAAACAAUACUUGUAGUGUAUAUAUUACUUACUCAAAAGAGGAGGAAGCAAUUCGUUGCAUUCAGUCAGUGCAUGGGUUCAUUUUGGAUGCUAGGCCUUUGAGAGCAUGCUUUGGAACCACAAAAUACUGUCAUGCAUGGCUAAGGAAUGUGCCCUGCACCAACCCUGAUUGUUUAUACUUGCAUGAGAUUGGUUCACAAGAGGAUAGCUUCACAAAAGAUGAAAUCAUAUCUGCCUACACAAGAGUUCAGGAAAUCACUGGGGUUACCAAUAAUAUGCAACGGCGUGCAGGGACUGUAUUGCCUCCCCCAGCAGAUGAUUAUUGCAAUAUUAGUUCUGCUGUAAUUGAGAAGCCGACUGUCAAAAAUACUUCAACUAAUUCUGCAAGCUAUUCAAAAGGUUCACCCCCAAAUAGUAGUUCGGGUAGAUCUGGUGCCCUACCGCCAGCAGCGUCAUGGGGAGCACGCGUUUCCAAUUGCAAUCUUCCGUCUGUAAGCUUGGCUGGCUCAAAUGGAUCAACCAAGCAGAAGGCUGAGACAGUUCAUGAGCCGCCAGUGCUUGCAACAAUUGUUUCUGACUUCAUUCCCAGUGAUAUUGGAAAGAAGCAAAUGUCAAAUGAAGAAAUAAUUGCAAAUCAAACUAAUAGUAAAAUGGAAAAUCCAGAAAUGGUGAAGAAGCAUGCUGGUAAUAGUUCUCAGAGAAAUGUUUCAGAGGUCUCUUCUACACUUUUAGUUGCUUCAGCUGGAAAGUCAGUAAGCCAGUCAUCAUGUUCCCCAGCAAUUAGUAGUGAUGUAGAAGGUGGUGAACAGCUUUUAAGUACAAAUUCUUUAGAUGGACAACCUUGCUCUUCUGGCGAAGACAAGGGGAGUAGCUCUGUUAUGGACGGAAAAAUUCAGAAACUAUGCUCUGAUCUAUCAUCUCUAAGCACUGACCAACAGCUUAAUAGUGAACAUUCUGAGGUUGACAGACCUAAUGGUUUGUGUCUGAAUAAUUUCUUAUCCCCUAGGAAUCAAGGUUUACAGUGGCCUGAGUCUGAGAGGCUUCAGGAACAUUCAUCUUCUACUACUGCUACUACUAUUAAUUCUUUGACUGCUGUAAAAGAAGCAUCUGAAGUAAGAUCAGAUAUGCAAGCUUCGGUAUUACAUAAUGUAUCUUCAGAGACAGAAGACGAUUUUAAUAAUCAAAGACUUCGGGAUGCUAUAGUCAUAAAUCAGGCAGCGAUACCCACAUCAUCUCCGCUUCAUCUUUUGAGUCAUUUAAGGGCUCCUUUACAGUCGCAUGGUGGUGCAGAUUGUGCAGGAAAUUAUACCGCUGCCUCUUCUAUUGUAAAUAGAUUAACUGAUGAAUGUUUGACAACAAAUGUAUCUAGUGCAUCUGUUGCUUCUAACGGAUUCUUGGACCGUUUUGUCAGCCAUACUCCAGAACAGGAUAGUUCUUUUUUAUUUAGAGGUCUGCAAGGGAGUCAUAUGGGAAGAUUUGACGGUGAGCUUGCUUAUAUCGAGUCACAACCUGCUCUAGAUAUGGGAGAGAACAACAUCAUAUCAAAUAUUCUAUCCUUGGAUCUUGAUUCUUGGGAUGAUUCUUUGACAUCCCCACAAAAUUUGGCCAAGCUAUUGCACGAAACUGAUAAACAAGAGGGUACGGUAAACCUAGCUGGUUCCUUCAAAGGUCAAUAUAGCAAUCAAUCCAGAUUUUCUUUUGCAAGGCAGGAGGACCCCAGAAAUCAUUUAUUCGAUAUGGAGCCUUCGCUUGGCAAUAUUGGCCAGGCAGCAAAGAAUCCCCCUUUUGGACAGGAAUUUCAUGGGAUUAGAGAUCCUUAUUUUGAUAGAAUGGGCAAUGGUUUUGGAUUUCCUCAUCGUAAUAUUGAGCUAUCAGAUAAUUUGACUAGUGGCCAUUCCAUUUUUCCUACCAACAAACUUUCUCUCUCUAGAUCUCAGGUUUCAGCUCCACCUGGUUUCUCUGCACCAAGUAGGCCACCGCCUCCAGGUUUUUCUUCACAUGAAAGAAGUGAUCAGACUUUUGACUUAAUGAAGUCUGGAAACCACAUGGUAGACACUCCUUCGUUCUUCAGAAACCCUUACCAGACACCACCAAGUGGAAACGUAAGCCCUGCUAAUGAUAUUGAAUUUAUAGACCCUGCUAUUUUGGCUGUCGGUAAAGGGAGGCUCCCUGGUGGGUUCAAUAACUCCUCUAUAGACAUGAGGUCGAAUUACCCUGUACAGCCGCCUGCAUUUGAAAAUGAUUCAAGACUUCAGUUACUUAUGCAAAGAUCUCUUUCACCCCAUCAGAACCUCAGAUAUACUGAAGCUAGGGACAACUUCUCUCCACCAAAUGACGCAUAUGGCUUUUCCUCUCGACAUAUGGACCAGUCCCAAGUUAGUAAUCAUGCCCCCUUUUCACAAUUUUCACUCCAGCAACCGCCUAGAAAUACUGCAGUCUCUAAUGGCCAUUGGGAUAAUUGGAGUGAGCUUCAAACUGCAAAUGAUAUUGGUAUAGCAGAGCUCCUUAGGAAUGAGAGACUGGGUAACAAAUUCUAUGGUGGUUAUGAAGAUGCUAAGUUUCGAAUGACCAAUUCAGGAGAUAUAUACAACAGGAGUUUUGGGAUGUGAUAAUCAUCCUAAUUCUUAUGGCCUGAGUGGCAAUUCAGGUAGAUGGAGACACAUAAGUGCCCUGUAACAGAGGAUAGCCUUCUACACUCGGGUGCUGGGUGUCUAUUUUUUUUUGACUAGUCUCUUUGGGCAGCUUGACAGAGGAAUAGAAUUUUUGAUGCUGGUAAUUGGAGCCUACAGCUGAUGAUGAUAUGGGAUAGGAGGUGCAACAAAUUGAUAACCACUUGCUGUAUUCUUGAGAUUGGUUUAUGUGAUUGUGUGACAUGGAUUCCAACUGGUGCCAUCAUUAUUUUUAGUGAUUAUAUAGUUGGAAUCGUGUUAGAUUUGGCAUUAAAGUGCACAUGCUUGUGCUAAAAGUGGAAGAGGAUCCUUCUAAGCAACAGGUGUAAGGUUGCUCGAGGGUGGGACACAAGCCAUAUAUAUUGUACUGUCUGGCCCUCUAUGAGAUCAUCCGCUCGGCUGGCUGCUCCUGCUCAGAUUAAUGCUCCCAAAUUUUGUGAGUGAGAUGGAAAUACAAAUUUUUUGCCCUCGGUAAUGCAUUAAUUCUAAUGGGUUAGUGCUGUUGAUAUUAUGGUAUAUACUUUAAUUAGCUUUAUGCUAGUCUGUGAGCUCCCCCCCCCCCCCCCCCUCUUUUAUUUUUCCUUUUUUAUUUUUUUUUAAUGGGUGUUUUUGUGGUUACUGAAUUGUCAAAUGUGAUUUAAAAGGAUUAUGCUCAUCAAUUUUGACUUGAUCUACAUGCUGCUGCCUUGUGUGUAUUUGAUGAAUUUUCCUCAACAAAGUUGUGGAAAUGCCAAGCUGACGUUGUGGGCUUGGAGAUUGUCACCAGAGAAUACCUUUUUUCUACCCAAUUUGUCUCACUGCAUCAUAAAGUGGGUUAAUUGAGGCCUUUCAUAGUAGUUGGUGCUAACACAAUUUUCAUCAUGCAUCAUUAAGAUCAAGUAAUAGUUUGAGCGUGAUGGGAUAAUUUUAGCUCUGAAGCUUUGAAAUUUGAAUGUAGGUUUGAAUUUUAUAUAUAUUAUUAAAUGAAGAUCCAUGAUGUCCCAGUUGUGUAUGUUGUGAUUUAUGCUGGCUCAUGAAAUGAUACUUUUUAAUAAUUUAUUAGUGGUUUAUUAUUUAUCUUGUGAAA